AACAUUUGCAAAAUGUCUUCACAUUAUUGCAGCUUGUGUAUAUAUCAAACGAAAUUAUUAAUACCGUUACGCGCUGAGGGUAGUGAUGUUUCAACAAGCAUAUUGCAUACCGUGCACAAAUAUAUCGGCAUUAUGCUUACUAGCAACGAUGUCAUAUGUGUGAAUUGCUGGACCAGCGUAGAUGAUUUUCGCAAGUUUUGUUUGAUGAUAGCUGAGCGCCAAGCGAAGUACGUACCACAGGCGGUGAAGGAGUUGGAGCAGGAUUGUGAUGAAGCUACCAAUAACAGAAAUAUCGCCAUAGCACGCAAGGCUGUAGGUUUACAGACAGUUGAAAAUAUAGAAAGCAUUAAAGCGAGUAGCGACGCGGAAGAGCGCGUGUUUAAAGAGCAAAGCACCAUUACGGCUGUGAUGCCUGCGUUUGUAGACCAAGACAACAAUACACCAAAUGAACAGGAUACGCAUUUCGAAAUAAUUAAAAUUGAACAAACGGACACAACGGAGCAACAAGUGAUAGCACAAAUAAACACAGACUUAAAUACUGAAUCAGAGCAGGACACAUCAACGUCAUCAGAUGCAGAAACCACUGUAACUGAAAUGAGCGUACGCAGAAGUGUACAUUUGCGGCGUGACGAUAUGCAGCAACAAAUGUUAACGCAAGAAACCACAGACUUAAAUACUGAAGCAAAAAGGAACAAAACCGCGUCACCGGAAGCUGACACUAAGAGCCUGUUAGCGGAGGACGAAUUGAUAGCGCUGCACAUGCAGUUGACAUGUGACAUUUGCACAUUUAAAACGAAAUCAUUUGAAGUGUUAAAAGCGCACUUCAAGCAACUACACAAUUGCAAUGGUUAUGUGGUUUGUUGUGAGAAGCGUCUUUAUAAACGCGGUCUGCUAUUAGAUCACAUACAUGUGCAUCGUAAUCCCGCCUAUUUUUCCUGCACCGACUGCGCCACAAACUUCGCUGACCGUCUUUGUCUGCUCAAUCAUAUGCGGAUGCAGCACCAGCAAGCAAUAGAGCUGUUGCAUGAGUGCGCAAUAUGCAGCGCGCGAUUUGCUAAAGCGCGCUACUUGCGGCAACAUGCGCUUACACACACAAACGGUGCGGAACAGCAGCAGUGCGCGCUAUGUGCGAAGAGCUUUGCGAAUACCACACGCCUGCGCGCGCAUAUGAAGCGACUGCACAAUAAGAGUAAGUUAUUUUCGUGUCAACACUGUGGUUGUGAGGUGAGCGGCAAGUGGUGUUUUGUGCGUCAUUUGGCGCAACACGGCGCGCAGCUGGAGACGUCAAGCGCCAAAGAGCGACUGCAACGCGUACAGUGUACGGUGUGCAAUCAAUGGCUGGCGCACAAAUCUACGUUGAUUUCGCAUAUGAAGCGGCACGCGGUCGCAGACAGCGUGUACGCCUGCCAAUUGUGUGAGCAGCAGUUCGGGUCGCUUGUCGCAUUGCAGGCACACAAACGUUUGUCGCACGGCAUUGAACGGCAGCAGCAUGCUUGUAAUGUGUGUGCGCGGAAAUACAAAACAACGCGGCGUUUGCGGGAGCACAUGACAACCCAUACUGGGAAUCAGCUGUACAGCUGCAAUUACUGCGAUAAACACUUUAAAUACUCCUCCACUUUGUAUGCGCAUCGUAAAAGGAAACACCCAACUGAGUGGGCGCAAGAUAAGAGCAGCAAGCAGACAGAAAAUCAUCCCUGAAGACACAAAAAAAAGCUUGUUUUCUGGGCCUCCCGUUAGAUGACUUCGAUGACAAUUACUUUAGGUUAGCUGGGUUAGGCAAGUUUGAGUAACCGUUACAACAACAACAUCAGCAAGCGUACGCCGUUGAUGGAAGAACAACACGAUUAAAACAAAAAAGACGCCAUUAUGUACAAUUUUUGGGUUUCAGCAAGUAAUUCAAACUGUGUAAUAUUUUUUAAUUUUUAUUUUAACUUAAAAUUUUAUUUUAUUUUAUUUUUAGUAAAAUUUGUAAACUAUACAACUUUUAAGAGCAGUAAACUUACUAAGUUUUUUAAUAAAAUCGAAUAAGUUCACAGAAAAUAAAAGAUUUAAAAAGCAUUAAAUUUA